AUGAUGUUUCGUCAGGGAGUUGCCCUUCUCGUUCUGGGCAGAACUGUCCUGGCUGCUGAUUGCUUGCAGAACCAACAGAGACAAGGCAAUGAGCCGUCUGGCGAGCAAAUUGCCAAAGCCUUGACAGCCAACUCGGCACUCGACUCGAUCUGCUCAGGGAAUUGGAGAACUGGAGACACGGAGAAGCUCUCCAACACCUUCAACCACUGGUCAAUGCUCUAUAGCGUUCAGAGGACAGACAACACGAAACCUCUGGCUUAUUGCAAAGAUGCUUUCACCAACAUCAUUGAGCAGUGCAUCACAAAUGGCAACUACUGGGGAGGCGUUUGGAGUCUAAAUGGCGAGACAUACAACAUCUCAAACAGUGCUUAUCCAUCCAACGGUCUUGGCCCGCAGGAUGAUGGUGGCCCACCGGACCCUACAACUACCAAGCCCGUAGAUACAGGGCCAGUUACUGUAGGUCCACAGACAUCUACAGAGUCUGGCACGUUUCAGACCAAAACUUCGUCCAUCGCCGGCCUUACUACCAACUCUGUCACGACGACAUCGGCGAACGGACACCCCACGGUUCUCCCCAUCUGGUUUGUCAGCGCUGGUGUGGGCAUUCUACUUAUACCCGGGGCCGAUGUCGUCGCAGGCGGCAUUAUACCACCUCCGCCGGGCUUCCCGCCCUUGAUCAUUGGAUCCGAUGGCCAAGCGCACACCCCGGACGACAAUAACGACCAUCAAACAAAGAGCGACCCAUCAAAGACUUCUCCCACAUCCACGACAUCUUCGACUUCCUCAUGCACUUCUUGUUCUACUUGUGUUGGCUUCGAUAUCUUGCCAGCCGACCCCACCCCAGGCGUGGGUGACGGUGACUUGAAAUUCCCUCCUAUCGACACGUCGCCCUGGACUGCUUCGGUCUCGACCGCGGCUCCUCCGCCGCCGACUUCCAAGCCGGCCACACCUACGCAGUCUGCGGUGCCAAUCGACCAACCGGCGUGUGUUGACGCCUCUGGCAGUGUCAGGGACGACUUGCCGAACUGGACGACAAAAGGAAGAGCCAUUCAGCUCCCCGAUAGGUCCAACCCGGAUGUCAACGCGCUCCUGUAUAUGCUACGAGAGUCCGUGUGCGGCGGCUCGUGCACGGCGCCACCCGCUAUCCCGUCGAAAUACGUAGCGAUAUACCAGAAGGGCGGAGCAUGCGAGGUCUCGGUGGCGCUGUCGGCCAAGAUCGAACUCUUCGUGAACCGCGAUACGUGGCCCGAGGACAACGCAGACUUCAACGAGAUCUGGCAACAGUGCUGGGACAGCACGGAGAACCUCAUCAACAAGUGUGUUCAGAAUGGACCCAAGGCAGGCUGGUGGAAUGGCAAUCACGUAUACCAAUUCUACGCGGCCGGGCUCCGGGACCUGAACGCGCCCGACUCGCACCACGUGCAGAACGGAAUUAUGCUUGGUGAGUACCUAGAGCCUCCCACGGAUGGUCUCUCUUGUGGUAAGGACUGUGUGGGCUAUAUCCCGAACCCGCAGUGGUGCAAUGACCAUUGCCGCGCCAGUCGUCGUAGCGAACGAUGGGGUAGUACCAUUUUGCACAAGCGCGUGGAUGGGAUUGAUGUCUGCAAGCUUCCAUACACCUUCCCGCCCUACCCCAGUGCCGGAGACGCAGAACGCGUUCAAGCCAUCGUCAGCCACGGGUACUACGACCGGGACAAUACACCUAACUGCGACAACCCGAAGCUCAAUACCUUCUCAGCUAAAGUUCCUGCAAGCGCGUAUAACACGGAGCAUGUCUUCGAGAAGCAGAUGGUAACGCGCUUCUUCUACUAUCUCAUCGGCGGAGAACAAAUGCUCGGCGACGAUGGCAGUGACCCCGGCACGCCGCCGCCGGCCAACCAGUGCGAGGACCACCCUAUCGCCAGUUGCCAGGUCUUGCAGGCCGUCUUCGGCACAAAGAAUGCGGCGGGCACUCAUUUCCGCGACCAGACAGCUGCACAGCAGAUCGCCAACGCCGUGUCUUGCGGUGGGGGUUCCUGUCCGGACCAGGGAGGACGACUCAGCGAGUUCUUCCUGCUGAACAACAAGCUGAACGGUUUCAAAGCUAUAGUAUUUGCUGGGUAUUACAAGAAAUCAACGGAUGACAACAACAAGCUUCCAAGGUGUGCCGACACAAACGAUAUCCAGGAUAUGCAGCAGCAGAUGGUCCGCGCGGCGCUCGUGUUUCAGUACUUGAACAGGCAGGAGGUCUUCAACGCUUUCAAAGCAGUACAUGACCGUAUCAGUGGUAUCCUGACAAACCUCGAUGCCGACGCAGCCCUAGGACAGGCCGUCCCUCCACCCAAUCUCGCUUGCUAUAUCGCGCCAGGUUCGCCAAACACGUGGCUCGGAGCUUACCAGGAGUUUGUUAAUAGGUUUCUGGAGCGUUUGGAAUUCAAGAUGGGACGUUGGCAACAUGAGUGUAAGCAAUCGUACCUAAACAAGGCUGUCAACGAUGCGGACAAGAAAAAGGUGAGCAGUUAUGACAGCGGAAAUGGAGUCUAUGCCUCAUCCGCGGUGGAACUGAACUCUCUGUGGGAUGCCGUCAAAUAA